CUUGAACAAAAUGCGGUUGCCGCCGAAGACAAAAUCGAUUAUUCUAUAUGCAAUAGCAAUGGUUGAUUAUGAUCAAGACAAGUUGGAGGUUUGUAAAGAUGUUCUGAAGACAAGGGAUGGAAUAAAUCGAUUAGCGCUUUACCACUCUUCAGUUGGCAGGUUUCCAAAUGCACCUGGUGCAUUGCUUUACCCUAUUUAUGGCCAAGGGGAACUGCCUCAGGCAUUUUGCCGUCGUGCUGCAGUCAAGGGUUGUAUAUAUGCAAAUUCUGCAGGCAACUACUAA